AGCUCACACACGAGUUCCUUCAGAUUUUGGAGAAGACGCCCAGCAGACUGAAGAGGAUACGGAACUGGAGGGCCAUUCAAGCUGCUAAGAAGCCAAAGACGGACGGCUCAUCGGUGGAUAGCGCCUUCCAGGGGACUUCCCUUGACGGCCUCCCUGGUGUCACCAACUCCUUCUUCCCUUCCACCUCUGGAUCGGACUCUUCAGACAUCCCCUCCCUCAACAGCAUCACAGCCUCCUACAACUCCUACGAGCCGCUUAGCGACCACUCAAAGUCCUGUGGUUACGACCAGUUUUCCGAGCCUCACCCCUCAGACUUCACGCUGCUAAAACAUGAACACAAAGCCGCAGGCGGGUCGGGCGGUAAACACCAGCAGCAGCUCGGGACAAACGCCGCGGCUUUUCCGCGACCACAGAAAGUCUUGACUCUUGAAAAGUACAGAGAGAAACACUUGGCGUCGGAGCUGACUUUGCAGAACGGUGUAAAAGAGGAGGCGGGCGCGGACAUGUACGCUCCGCCUCCGACCGUGUCAACGCACCACCACAAGAAACGCUCCCAGCAGCAGGCCGGCCAAUCAGGCGACGGCCGGCGGGAGAAGUCCAGCUCCAAAAAGAGCCGGCUGCCCGCUGCGUUCGAGAACGGCUCGGCGACUAGCGAGGAGCUAAAGAUGAGGAUUAAAGUGUCAUCGGAGCGUCAUGGCGGCUCGGAGCAGGGCGGGACCGGAAAAGACAAGCACAAAGAGCACGGCGGCCACCGCCACUCCAAACACGGCCACUCGCACGCUUAUUCCAUCAGCGGGAACGGCCGAGGGACAAUAGACAAUGCCUCCUUAUCCCUACGGGCUACCGGUAGCCACGGCAACGACACAGGCUCGUCCAGAAAGAGGCCUCACUCCGAUGCAGGAAACCACAACCACCACCACUCGUCCAAGAGCGGCAGGAGCUCCAAAGGAGGCCUCGGCUCCUCCCACUACGCGUCUGAGAGCGGCCCGAGGAUGAUGGAGCACCACGGCCACGACGUCACCAAUGGCGUGCUGGCCCCCAACGGCCAACACACCGACUACAAAGACACUUUCGACAUGCUGGACUCUUUACUAAGUGCCCAAGGAAUGAACUUGUAACCCUCAGAGUCCGGCGUGGUCUUAGAUAAGGUAUCACCAUGUCCAAUAGAAUUUAAAAAAAAAAAAAGAAGACUUUUAUUCGUCUUAAGUUAUGAUUUUCGUCAUCGCCCUCAGUCGUGUCAUUGAGGAUUCUUGUAAAGCUGUCGGAAAAAUGUACAAAUUAUAUGCGUAGAGCUGUGUACAACUAGCUUGCAACAGAAAAAAAACCCCGAUGAGUUUUAAGAAUGUGGCUGAAAAAACGAGAUUUUAAAAAACCUGAUUUUAACACAAGGUGACAUGAUUUUAACCUGCAUGUUUCAGUCACAGAAGGGAAGUCAUAGCGAGUGUUUGGCAGCCAUCUUGACAGUUUACAAGUAUUACCUUUCCUUGUUUUUUUGUUUUUUUUUUACGUAUGUUUAAAACAUCAUGUUCCACUUUAAAAAAAAAAAAAAAAAAUCUCAGGUCUUGAAACUUUUUUGAUAUGAGAAUGAAUCUUCCUCUGUUUGGGGUUUAAUCUACCCGUAUCCAUGGAGAUGUUAUCACCUCGUCCGUUUGUUUGGCCAAGAUGGCGGGACAUGUGGUCUGCUUAUUUUUCCAGAGUGCAUCAAUGGUUCCAAAAAAAAGAAAAAAAAACACACACAAAAAAAAAAUCCAAAACUAACGUGAGACCGGCUCCAUUUGCUGUCUAUUUGCUGUCUUAUUGGGACUUCCAAGGCCGCACCUGAAUUUCAAUGUGCACUCAUUUAGAGCUACAAAUGAACUUCACGUUACAUCUGCUGUGAACGUGCGUUUAAGAUAUACCUGCUAAAUUAUCGGAGAAAAAAGAAACAGGCCUUGUGAUCGUACCUUGUCAAUCGCUAUUCAGUAUGAUUAAUGUUAUAACUAUCAGAAAAUACAGAUCUUUUAAAAAUAAGAUUGUGUAUAUAGGACUCUGUAGUUCAGGUUUUAAAAAAUGUUGGUUUAUUGCAUCGGUCCAAACCUUCCUCCAUUCAGUGUAUAACGAGAUCUUCAGCAGACUGUAUCGAUGAACAUAUCCAAGAUUUGUGUAUUGGAGCCCAAAUAAAGGUGUAAAAGUGA